AUCAAAAGAAUCUGAUUUGAGUCCGAAAAAAAAAAUUCACGAAUCCGAGAUCCAUUAUAAAACAAUAAUCAUCUCAAUCGUUCACCUUGAAAGUUUACAUACAAUGGGCAUCGUUAUUCUGAACAGAAAUUUUUCUUCAAAAUUGAUUGGCCGUUAUAAUUGUUACUACAAUCGUUUAUCGUCAUCAAUUAAUCAACAACAGAAACAACGUAAAAUGUCGACAACAACAACUGACGAAGUUUUAUUCGAAACAAAAGGUGACAAAGCUUUAAUUACAUUGAAUCGGCCAAAAGCAUUAAAUUCGCUUAGUCUAAAUAUGGUACGAUUAAUCUAUCCACAAUUGGUUAAAUGGGAUGCCGAUCCAAAUAUUCGUAUGAUAAUCAUUAAAAGUAACAUGGAGAAAGCAUUCUGUGCCGGCGGUGAUGUUCGUGAAAUUGCCGAAAGUGGCCCAAAUUCUGAGCUAAGCCGUAAUUUUUUUCGUGAAGAAUAUAUAUUGAAUCACAAGAUCAGUGUACUUGGUGUACCAUAUAUAGCAUUGAUCAAUGGAAUAUGUAUGGGAGGCGGCGUAGGUGUAUCCGUACAUGGACCAUUUCGUGUAUCAACAGAGAAUACGAUUAUAGCUAUGCCUGAAACACAGAUCGGUUUUUUUUGUGAUGUUGGUGGAUCAUAUUUUCUACCCAAACUACCCGGUAAACUUGGUGUUUAUCUAGGCCUUACUGGUCGUAGACUAAAAGGUCUUGAUAUACAAAAAGCUGGCCUGGCCACACAUUUUGUACCCAGUUCUCAUAUAUCGGCAUUGGAAAACGAUCUUUAUAGGAUAGAGAAUGCAAAUGCUGCUAAAAUCAGUCAUCUGCUUUCAAAAUAUCAAGAACAAUGGAAAGAUGAAUAUAAACAGGAAUUUUCGCUGAAACCAUAUAUUGGUCGUAUCAAUUCAGCAUUCGAUGCCGAUUCAGUGGAACAAAUUGUACAAAAUCUUGAAAAAGAUGGUUCUGAAUGGGCAAAAGAAGUGCUUGAAGAUCUAAGCAAAGCAUCACCAACAAGUCUGAAGGUGACAUUUGAACAAUUGAAACGUGGCAAAUCGUUGAGCUUACCAGAUUGUUUAACAAUGGAAUAUCGAUUAUCGCAGAAUAUUCUACAACAUAAAGAUUUCUAUAUUGGUAUUCGUGCACGCCUUAUUGAAAAAACAAAUAAUCCUCAAUGGGAUCCGAAAACGUUGGCAGAAGUGACAAACCAAACAGUUCAAUCAAUGUUUGGCCCAAUUGAUGGUGGUAUAAAAGAUUUAGAGCUUUAAAUACACAAAAAACACACACAGACAGACAGACACAAAGAGAGAUUUAUGUCUUAAAAAAAAAUUUUUUAGAAAAUUUCAUACCAUAUAUCCAAUGAUGAAUUCAAUGACGAUCGAAGAUGAUUGUAUGUUUACAGCCAUUUCGUUGCAAAAAAAAACUGAAAUAAAAUCAGAAAAAAAUGAUCGUUUUUUUUUCAUUUCAUUUCAU